UCGAGAGGGCAGAACGAGUCACUACUCGGUUCCUCCCCUUCCCAAAACCGACACAAAAAAAAAACUACAAAAUCAUCUUAUAAACGAUCGGACGGGGCUUCUGCUUCAGCUCAAGCUCUUUGCUGGACAGAAAACCUCUUGAGUGAACCGCAUGAGCUCUUAAAAGUGAAGUUUGAGUUCAGUUUUGCAGCUCUAACUCCUCCUUUUCUUUAUCUCCAUCUGCAUCACUCCAUACGUUCCCCCUCAACCCACUCCUUUAUUUCCUUCUCUCUUCAUCCACCCUUUCUUUGGGAUCAUGUGUGAUAAUGGGGAUCUGGAGGACAAGCCGCCAGCUCCGCCUGUCAGGAUGAGUAGCACAAUCUUCAGCGGUGGUGGGAAGGACCACACACUCUCUGGCAAUCACAGCACCAAGCCCCUCCCUUCGGUCCCAGAGGAGCGCAAACCUCGGAAUAAAAUCAUCUCCAUCUUCUCAGGAGCCGAGAAGGGUGGUCGAAGGAAAGACAGAGAUAAAGAAAGACCGGAGAUCUCACCGCCAUCAGAUUUCGAGCACACAAUCCAUGUGGGAUUUGAUGCGGUCACGGGGGAGUUUACGGGGAUGCCAGAGCAGUGGGCGAGGUUACUGCAGACCUCCAACAUCACCAAGUCUGAGCAGAAGAAGAACCCGCAAGCCGUUCUAGAUGUCCUCAAGUUCUACGACUCCACGGGGAACGGCAGGCAGAAGUACCUCAGCUUCUCCUCAGAGAAGGAUGGAUUUCCCUCUGGUGAACAAUCGCCUGUCAAAAAAACACCAGAGUCUUCAUCUCCAAUCAAAACCGUUGAUGACGAUGAGGAAGAUGACGACGAGGAGACACCACCGCCUGUUGUUGCACCUCGACCAGAACACACCAAGAGUAUGUUGACUCGACCAUCUGUCAUCGACCCCAUCCCUCCCCCCAUGACCUCUCCGGACAGUGAGGUUGCAUCGAAGGCUGCCGACCGACAGAGACCCAAAAAGGGCAAAAUGACCGACGAGGAGAUCAUGGACAAGCUGAGAACCAUAGUCAGUAUUGGGGAUCCAAAAAAAAAAUAUACACGAUACGAGAAGAUCGGACAAGGAGCUUCAGGAACAGUGUUCACUGCCAUCGAUGUUGCCACUGGACAGGAGGUGGCCAUUAAACAGAUCAACCUGCAAAAACAGCCCAAGAAAGAGCUCAUUAUCAAUGAAAUACUUGUCAUGAAGGAGCUAAAGAAUCCAAACAUCGUAAACUUCGUAGACAGUUUUCUGGAUGGGGAGGAGCUUUUCGUAGUGAUGGAAUACUUGGCUGGCGGUUCGCUUACAGAUGUGGUAACUGAGACAUGUAUGGACGAGGCCCAGAUUGCUGCUGUAUGUCGAGAGUGUUUGCAAGCACUGGAAUUUCUGCACGCUAAUCAAGUCAUUCAUCGAGACAUCAAGAGUGACAACGUGCUUCUGGGAAUGGAUGGAUCUGUCAAGCUCACGGACUUUGGAUUCUGUGCUCAGAUCACCCCUGAACAGAGUAAGAGAAGCACAAUGGUGGGUACGCCAUAUUGGAUGGCUCCAGAAGUCGUGACACGCAAAGCCUACGGACCCAAAGUCGACAUCUGGUCCCUGGGCAUCAUGGCUAUUGAGAUGGUGGAGGGAGAACCACCGUACCUCAAUGAGAAUCCACUGAGGGCGCUCUAUCUGAUUGCCACCAAUGGAACUCCAGAAUUGCAGAGUCCUGAAAAGCUGUCGCCGAUUUUCCGAGACUUCCUAAGUCGCUGUCUGGAAAUGGACGUAGAUAAGAGGGGUGGAAGCAAAGAGCUUUUGCAGCAUCCCUUCCUGAAGCUGGCCAAACCUCUCUCGAGUCUCACUCCUCUGAUUUUGGCUGCGAAGGAUGCCAUGAAGAACAACCGUUAGCCUCCCUCCCCCAAAUAAGCUGUUGCCCGCAAGGGCAGCGUACAUACAGACUGCUGAACACUCUUUAAAUCUGUGCCAGGUGUUUUUACCAGUGUGCCAGCCUUUCAACAACAUAUCAGUGUUGCCAAAACAAAACUCCAAGCAUAUCAUGUGGGUCUUUUUCCUGUUUUUAAACCUGUAUGGACCGCCGUGGUGUUAGGGGGCUUUAGAAAUCCCCAUGUCCUUGUUCCACUGUCAUUAGAUUUCUUUUGCUGUGGAACAUCGGAACUUUGCUGUUUAUUUUAUGUCUGAACUUGUCCAUUCUUUGACUUCCCUAGAUGAUCUAAUAUGUUGCCAAAUGGAUGAAUUUCAAAUCAAGCUAGAGACAUUUUGUUAGUCUUUAGGUUCAUGUAGCAAGAAUCAUGACUGAAAACUGUGUACUCCUGUUCCUAGCCCUCCUUGUAAGGGAAGAGCACCUUACCAGUACAUGCCAACUGCGAGCAGUGAAUGAUUUUUGUAGUCACUUGUGCCUUUGUUGUUAUUCCAGCAAACACCUUUAUUCUCUGUCUUAAAGUGGCAAAUGCCAUUGAACUUCCUCUAACCUGAGACGAAACUUUCAUGUGAUGAAAUGUGUAUAUUGUGUACUUAGAAGCGUAGCAUUACAAUUGAUGUAGUUAACCAAAAACAGGAUGCGUAGAUUUGAUAAAUGUUUGUGUACAUGAACACUUUGUUUGUUGUUUUAGUAACUAACCGUUUAUUAUGAAGUUAAUGCAGUUGUUGAUAUGUCAUGAUGUAAGAAUUGAUAACUAUUUUUAUGCUUUUCAGUCACUUGUUUUGCAAGUAAAAGUCGGAUUCCUGUAACUUUGUUGAACAAUACAGUCAUUGCAACAUUG